AUGGCUUUGCAGAGGGUUCGAGUUGCCGUAGAAUUGGAUCGUCCGGUGGAAGGAGAGCACCUGGUAAAGCAUAGCACAUCUUCAGUAGACACAGCUGCGUGUUUGUAUCACAUGCGUUUGGUGUGGCGUGCGAUCGGUGGGUCCGAAGAGGGUACAGGUGGCGGCAGCCUACGCCUUCUGGAGGCAGCGUGCGCUACAGCGUUGCAUUACGCUGACCUGGUUCACGGUGCCCUCGCUGACCAGGGUUACUACGAGAAUCAUGGUCAGAAUAAAACAACGGAAGAGAUUUGCACAAUUGUGAACAAUCUAGAAUAUGUCCGCCGGUCACUUGCAGAGUACGACGACGAACACAUGUUCUCAAAUAGAACGGACCACUUAAGUAUGACGACUGAUGAGAAUGCGCGUCAGCUUGUCCGCGGCGCGCUAGGAACACUGGACGCGCGUUCAGCACGCGCCGCUGCACCGCUUGCUGCAUGUGCAAGACCACCUUUACGAAAAGCAGUCUUUCACUUGGCUUGGUCACCGGAUACUCUCCCCACUUCACAAGCUAUCACACCUCUCCUGGAGUUUUUGGACCAACAUUUGUCCUCGCUCAAUACUUGGCUGCUGCCACGGGCGUUCACUCGAGCCCUGGCCGGAUGUUGGAGCGCCGUGCUUAAAGAAGUGUCAACGCAGGCUGACGCUGGUGGCGCUGAAAGACCGAGAGUCUACCAUCAUAGGCUUAGGGAAGCUUUAGAUCUAUUGGCUGACUUCUUCCACGCUGAAGGAAAAGGUCUUCCGAUGCACGAAGUUCAUAAUAUUGAAUGGGGUCGUGUAGAACAGAGAAUGCAGUAUCAUCAGGCACCCACUGAAGAGCUCCUAGAGAUUUGGCUCGCCGAUAGAUUGGCAGAACAAAUGCGUACACCUUUACCUUCGCCAUAUGGUUCGAUUCUUGUCAGGGUCUAUUUCAACCACGAUUCGCUGUGCGUGGAGGUGAUGUCGGCCCGUGACGUAAUCCCCCUUGAUCCGAACGGGUUGAGCGACCCGUUUGUUGUAUUGGAACUUCUACCGAAACGACUCUUCCCAAAAGCGCACGAACAGAGUACUAAUGUGCAGAAGAAAACGUUGAACCCCGUUUGGGACGAAUGCUUCGAGUUCACCGUUUCGUUGGAGUCGUGUCGGUCAGCCCAAGCGGCGUUGUCACUAUCGGUGUGGGACCGCGACGUACUUACAGCAGACGAUUUCGCCGGCGAGGCGUUCGUUGCCUUGGCAAGAAUACCGGGCGUAAACAGCCACGCACCGCCUGAUCCGUUGCGCCCGCUCGAGCUACCGCUGAUGCAGCUACACGACAGAAAUCAUCCCAUUCUACAAAUAUUGGAGUCCCGAACUACCGACAAGAUGGCUAUGGAUUUCGUCAAGAAACAAAAGUUACGGUUCGCUGAACAGUAA